ACUUACGUAGGUCAGUUACCGCCCGACCGCAGGGGAGCAUGGCUGCGUCAAAAGUUUUACCGCGAGCCCGCACUCCAUGUUUACAUUCGCUAUAAAACGAAGUGCACACAACAACAUUGACUCUAUUUGAUAAACUAUCUAGUGUUUAACAAGUUUCUUGGACUACGUACAGUGAUAUCAGUGACAAAUGAACUGUGUUAUUGUGUCAAAAUGAACAGAAACUUUUACGGAAUGGUUUCGUUAAAAGUUUGGAUGUGCUUACUUGUGGUGGCCGCUGCGCGCGCACGCUCCGCGCCGCCCGCCCCCGCCGGCUGUCAGUGGGACUAUUCGGACGCAAAGUUGAGUGAAUCCAACUUUCUCACGUGUAACAUCAAAACCAUUGGUUCAGCAGACUUCUUGUUUAAAAACAUUACUACCGCGCAGGCGUACAAUAUCAACAAGUUGAAACUUACAUGCACCGACUUGCUCUUUUUCGAGAGCUCGCUUCACAUGAAUACCGGCAGUUUCUUGGGCCAACUAAGGAAACUUGAGGACCUGAGCAUUGAAUAUUGCAAAAUACGUUACGUGCCGGCGACUGUUCUGUCCCCGCUUCGUGAUUUAACAAGUUUGACGCUGCGAUCCUACAAUACAGAUUGGCCUGCAAUGACAAUGGAGUUCCACGCUGAGAGUUUCCGUGGUUUGAUGGAACUUCGGACAUUGGAUUUGGGUGACAACAACAUCUAUAUGCUACCCUCCGAAGUGUUCUGUCCCCUCUUCAGUUUAGAAUCACUGAACCUUACUAACAAUAGAAUUCAAGACAUAUCCGAGAUUGGCUUCUCCGACUGGGGUAAAGGACCAAUAGCGCCAGGUAAAUCAUGCAACACGGGACUUAAAAUGCUUGACUUAUCUCAUAAUAACAUUUUACGAUUGCCAGAUAACGGACUUUCUAGUCUGAGAUCUUUAGAGGUCUUGAAUAUUCAGAACAACUUAAUUAAUGAAAUAGGCGACAGAGCCUUUGUCGGCUUGAAUUCAUUAAAAAUCUUAAACCUGUCUGGAAAUAAGUUAGUCGCUGUCCCUCCGGAACUAUUUCAAUCGUCGAGAGUUAUUAAGGAAAUCUCAUUAGCGAACAAUUCGUUGUCCGUGCUGGCUCCGGGACUGCUGGAAGGACUUGAUCAGCUAGAGAAAUUAGAUUUAUCGAGAAAUAGUCUUACAAACGACUGGGUUAACAGAGAUACAUUCGCCGGGCUUGUUCGCUUGGUAAUUCUCAAUUUAUCUUACAAUGCGCUUGCUCGUCUGGAUCCUAAGUCAUUCCAAGACUUGAAUGCAUUACAAGUUUUGAAUUUAGACAACAAUGCCAUUGAGGUGAUCAGCAACGGUGCUUUUGCUGAACUUAAGAAUCUCCAUCAACUUUCUAUAUCCGACAACAAGAUAAAAGCAUUGAAUGAGCACAUUUUUUCGAACCUGUUUGUUCUAAGCCAGCUUUAUUUGGACAACAAUCAAAUUACAACAAUACAUGAAAGAUGCUUCGAAAACAUAACCUACUUACAAGAUCUGGGUUUGAACGGAAAUAAUUUGAAAGUUGUCCCUGAAGCAAUAAAGAAAUUAAGGUUCCUGAAAUCACUUGAUAUUGGCAAAAAUAAUAUUGUUAAAAUUAGCAACACGUCGUUUGAGGGCUUAGAGGAACUUUAUGGCUUGCGCCUUGUUGACAACCAUAUUGUAAGCGUGCCAAAAGACACUUUUAGUACUUUGCCAUCAUUGCAAGUUCUCAAUUUGGCAUCGAAUAGAAUAGAAACAAUCGAGCAAGACGCAUUUUUGUCAAAUCCAACUUUGAAAGCUAUCCGAUUAGAUGGAAACAGAUUAACCGACAUUCGAGGUGUUUUUAAUAAAUUGAAUACCCUUGGUUGGCUUAAUAUUUCUGACAACAAACUUAUUUACUUUGACUACAGUUACAUGCCUGAAACUCUUGAAUGGCUGGAUAUUCACAGUAAUAAUAUCACAAAAUUGGAAAACGAACAGAAUACGCAACAAAACAUUCGAAUGCUGGAUGUUAGCUACAAUGUAUUAGAAGACGUCGAUGAAAGGUCGAUACCUGACUCAAUAGAGAUCCUUUUCUUGAAUAACAACAAGAUUCACACGAUUCAGCCAGGUACCUUCAUCCAAAAAAGAAACUUAGAAAAAGUUGUCAUGUCGGAUAAUAAAUUGAGAACCAUUGAACUAUCAGCAUUUACUCUGCCCCACAUUCCGAAACACAGAUUAUUGCCCAAAUUCUUUAUUGGAAACAAUCCAUUUAUUUGUAACUGUCAUAUGAUUUGGCUACAAAAGAUAAAUCUUUGGAAUCACAUGAGACAAUAUCCGCGGUUUAUGGAUUUAGAAUCAGUCACGUGCGAAGUCGUAAGUAACAAAUACGGCGGAAAAGCGAACUUGAUGGAUGUGCCCGAGAAUCAGUUCCUUUGUUCUUACGAAACUCACUGCUCGUCGAGCUGUUUUUGUUGCGAUUUUGAAGCAUGUGACUGUAAAAUGACAUGCCCUGAAGGCUGUUCAUGCUUCCAUGACAGCAAUUGGAACUCAAAUGUAAUUGACUGCUCCAGAGUUGGCUACACUGAAAUCCCAGAAAAAAUCCCGAUGGAUGCGACUGAGCUUUAUCUUGAUGGCAAUGACUUUAGCUCACUAAGUAGUCACCUAUUUAUUGGCAAAAAGAAAUUACAUAAGCUCUACCUAAACAACAGCAACAUAGCAACUAUCGACAACGACACAUUAAACGGCCUUCAUUCUUUGACUGUACUACAUUUGGAAAACAAUCAACUGACCGAGUUGUCUGGCGGUGAAUUCUCUCAGCUAAAGCACUUAAGGGAGUUAUACAUAAAUGAUAACCUCUUGACAAGUGUCGCAAACAGGACUUUCGAGCCUCUGUCGUCUCUGAGAGUUGCACACUUACAAGGCAAUAAGGUACUUAACCUUGACAAAAAGUUGGCCCACUUGAUGCACUUGGAGAGUGUGAACGUUCGAGGAAAUCUGUUUUCUUGCAAUUGUGAUAACGUGCUACUCUUACAAAACUGGUUCAAGAAAAACUACGAAGAUCCCGCGGACAUGUUUUGUGCUGAUGACAGUGGACUUAUUACGAACCUGACAGUGUUUGAUGUGAUCGAUAAGUGUCGUGAUUCUAGUGUUUCAGACAAUACCAUACCUACUGAAAAUCAACCUUAUCAGUAUGAUGAAGUGAGCGCAAUUAAGUUGAACUUUGUUCCUCUUUUAGCUGUAGUACUAAUAAGUGUAAUCUUAAUUUUAUUGUUCGGUGCCUUGGCUUUUUCAUUCAGACAAAAUGUUCGCCUGUGGGCGCAUUCUAAAUAUGGAGUAAGAUUGUUUAAAAGCGCUUCUAUUCAAGAGAGCGAACUAGACAGAGAUAGGUUGUAUGAUGGAUAUGCUUUAUAUAGUCUAUUAGAUGACGAUUUUGUGUCUAAGGUUGUAGCGCCUGAAAUGGAACACUCCGGUUACACAAUGUGUUUCCAUUACAGGGACUUACAACAUGCCCCAGAUAGUUACUUAUCUGAACAGAUUACUCACGCAGCUGAAUCUUCUAAAAGAAUUUUAAUGUUUGUAUCCUUUAACUUUUUACAAAAUGAGUGGUCCAAAAUUGCAUUCAAAACUGCCAUUAAGCAAGUAAUUACAUCUAUACAUCCAUCAAUUAGAAGACAUAGAAUAAUGUUUAUUUUAACUACAGAUAUAAGUGCACUAAACUUAGAUUUAGACUUUCAGAACUAUUUGAAAACUUGUAACGUUUUACUAUGGGGCGAAAAGAAAUUCUGGGAUAAAAUUAGAUUUGGGAUGCCUGAUAUCUCUAACUUGCACUGGAAUAAAGAUACUAUGAAUUACAAUCACGAUGCAGUGUGCCCGAAUGCGCGUAAGCACCCGUCUAGGUACACGGCGUCGCCUACUGCGCCUGAGCAUUGGUAUAAGUAUGAUGCGAUUCCGCCCCAGACUCCUACUACAACUAAUGUGAUUAAUAUCGAGGACGACACCUCUAUGUUGACGAACACUACAUUGACGAGUCAGAUACAGGACGGGGAGAAUUUGCAUCAUAGUUAUAUUUCAAUUGAUACCCAAAAUUACGAGCAGCCUUACGGUGGUCGUCCUCGGCCUCCGAACACGUUGCGUAAACAUCCCGGUCACCACUCCCCUUCUAUGUUAGACGAGCAAGGGUACUUGCAGCCACGCUCGUCUGUGCACGAGUGCUUACCGCAAACCCAUUCAGGCACACACAGAUGAUAAGGUGUCCCAAUCUUUAUCUUCAAAGAUAUUUUUAAUGGAACGUCACAUUCCAAGCACAUGUGUAGGCUGCUUUUUAUGUUCGCCUUGCCUUAUUAAAAAGUGAUAAUUUUACAAAAGUGUCGGUAUAGAUAAUUUUGGCCAAAUUUUGUAAUGACUAAACAUGUUCCUUCGUAGAUAACAGGGAAUGUCAUGUAUGUAACAAAGACUGUUGUUAAAUGUAUUUUAGAUGUAUCGAUGUAGAUUGAAGCCUUGUAAAUCAUAACGUAAAGCGUGUAGAGUAUAAUUUAUUAUAAAAACAACCAA